AUGGUGGCAGCGAUAGCAGCUUCUCAGAGACUCCGUGACUUGUUGACCAGGCAAUUGACAGCCCCCACCAAUUUGGGUCUCAGCCUUAGCCUUCGUCCCAUGAGUUCCUUUGCACAAGAUGAGGCUUCCAAAGAGGCCCCUGACCAAGCCCCAGGCCACAGCUAUGAGUCCCUUCAGGUGACACCUGCCCAGAAACACGUUCUACAUGUGCAGUUAAACCAGCCGGAGAAGAGAAAUGCCAUGAACAAGGCCUUCUGGAGUGAGAUGGUGGUGUGCUUCAACAAGAUUGCAGAAGAUGCUGACUGUCAUGCUGUGGUGAUCUCUGGUGCAGGAAAAAUGUUCACUUCAGGAAUCUUCCCAUUGCAUCAUACCCUCUGCCAGAAUUCUCCAGCUCUGGCCUUGGCACUGAAGUUUGUAGUAGAGGAGGGUAAAGAGGGGAAUUAUCAGCUCCUUAACUUUGCCACUGAGGCCCCAAAGCUUCCCCAAAUGUACCCCAAGUCUCACAAGGAUGUGACGUACACCAUACUCCAGCCCUUCUGUGGCAGAUGA